UGCGUGUUUUUGUUGUGCUUGCGGGCCGCAAGUGUUUUUCCUAAACAUUCGUACGUCCUUUCUCGCAGCCUGGACGGCAGGAGUUGAUCCCUUUCGGAGUUCGCGAGUCGCGUUUUUUCCCUGGACCCGUUUUAUGGUUAAAAGUUUGAGUGGAAAAUACAACAGACGAGAGUCGUACGGUCGCGUGUGAACGUCCCCCUCGUAUCCCUUGAGUCCUUUCCGUGAAGUCCCUUGCGCCAGGAUUGGUUGUGGUCCUUUAUCUCCCCCGGAUUCUGGGCUGAUUUCGCGAAGUGUGAAAAUUUUCCUCGGAAAAGCACAGAAUUUUGAGUGGUGGUCUGAAAGGAAGAAAAAAGUGCGUGAAAUGUGCUGAGUGUGAGAGAAUCUUCACUUCUGCAGAGGCCUACACGCUGCUUUUCAUUGUCCCGACACGGCCUACUGCGGUGUUGUGUGUCCUUUCUUCUGGCCUGGCUGGAUGUUCUAGAAGAGCUCGCACGCAAAGCAACCCGGAGAUGCUGUGCGUGUUUUGGUGUGUGUAGUAGACGUAGGCUCUAGUUAGGAUACUUUCUUCCUUUACGCGAAAUUUCGUCUCUGAAAGCCCUGCACUGUUGUUACAACUUGUUACAGGUGUAGCGCGCGCAACAGGACCACUCUCGUCACCGUUGGCCAACCCCCGGUUGUGCGGAAAUGAAUUAGCCCAUGUAAACAAAGUAGAUAGUGCACCCCUAAGCUAAUACCCCUCAGUAACCUAGGAUAAGACAAUAUCUCAGUCACGAUAAAAAAGUAUCAAACGAAAUAUUGUGCAUUUCGUUCAAAAAACGAAGAAUCCUCGUGCGGUGAUUAGCGAAAUUUUGGCCCAGUUUCCUCGGUCCCCCCACAGCACGUGUGUAUGUGUGUGUAGCCUACUAAGAACCCGUGGUGUGUGUGCGUGUGUGCGAAUCUGUGUCAACAGUGGUCCCGACCCGACCAAGAUCACCACACGAGACUCACCGACCGCGACCGAGAGAGUCAAGUAGGCUCUGAGAAUUUUCGCGAGAUAAAUUGGCGGAGCAACAACUAACAACAAGAGAGAGUUAGCAGCAGCAGCAACAACAACAACACCCCCUCGUUUCCCCACCCUUCCUAGAACAAAAGAAAAGCGUGGAAAGCGGAAGAAGAGGAAAAAGAAGCGAAAAUGUCGGCGAACGAUGCAAACUUUAUGCUGUUUCCCAGCAUUAGCGAUUGUUCCUACGUUUCGUGCUACUGUGAGGAGAACGUGUGGAAGCUGUGCGAGCAGGUGAAGAAGACACAUCCGGCGGAACUGUCCCGGAGCUACGCCGUGUUCGUGUCGAACGAGCGGCGGACGGUGCCCCUGUGGCGGCAAAAGGCCGGCCGCGGCGACGAAAAGCUCGUGAUAUGGGACUACCACGUGUUCUACAUGCACAACCCGUCGCCGAACCGGUGUCUGGUGUUUGACCUGGACACGACGCUGCCCUUCCCGACCUACUUCCACAAGUACGUCACGGAGACGUUCCGCUCGGACUACGCGGUCACGCCCGAACAUCACAGAUUCUUCAGAGUCAUACCGGCGGAGAAAUAUCUGGCGGAGUUUUCAUCCGACCGGAGACACAUGCGUAGACCUGACGGAUCGUGGAUAAAGCCUCCGCCCUCGUACGCGCCCAUUCAGACAAGCACCAACACCCACAGCCUGGACGACUUUAUCUGCAUGAAGCCGGGCAAGGGCCCGGGCAGCGUGUACGAUCUGCUCCACUUUGUGCAACAGUUCUACAAACCGCCGGACCGGAACAUCACCAAAACGCAGAACUAAAUUACGCUUACCGGGAAGGAGGAGGGAUAAUUCGUAGUAGUUAAGCAGACGGUAAGAAGAAGAAGAAACUUUAUGGGGUGGGAAGAAGAGCAAACUAUUUCAAUGUAAUGCGCGCGUCCAGAAAACAAGAAAAAAAUCAUGUCAGCGACAGGUGGUUGCAUUUGAAUCGUAUGUUUUUAGUGUUAUAAAUUAUUACGCAGCAGCGAUUAGCAAAUCAUUGCUGAGAGAGAAUGGUGAGGAUUACAAAUAAAUUGAUUAUUAUAUUCGAUAUAUUAUACAAACACGAAAACAAAAAUGUUAGGUAACGAAAUAAAGAGAGUGCGAAAAAAAUGCUGUAUUUAAUGGAGUGAAGAAAUUAGGCAAAUUAAUUCCAGAGGAGCUAAUUAUUUGUUACAACAAAACUAUGGCAAAGAAUGAAUUGAG